GCCUCCAGGACCGCCAUGCUAAUUGGCUGCUACUCGGGGGGGAGGGGGCGCCUUGUUUCCGGUAGGUCGGCGGGCAACCCGCCCGCCGUCAUGGCGACCGGCGACCGGGUGAGGGCGCCGCUUCGGUCGCCGGUGGAGGCCCGGUUGGCGGCGCUAUUUCCAGACCUGCUGGUCUUCAGGAAGCCGCUGGCACCGGAGCCCAAGCUGGCUUCGGCCCAGGACGUCCUCCUGGGUGUCCACGUGACGGGGUUUACAGCAUUAAUGGACAGGUUCAGCCUGACCUGCAAGCCGAAAGAUGACCUGGACAAACUGGCCCACAUUUUCAGUUAUUACAUUAGUGACAUCAUAGAGCAUGUAUUCUGUUUUGGAGGAGAUAUCCUAAAUAUCACAGGGAAUGUCCUCCUGGCACUCUGGACAGUGGAACAGAAUCAACUGAGUGACACCAUUACCCUGGUGGCAAAAUGCAGUCUGGAGAUACAGGAGAAAUUUGGGGUCUACCAUACCAGAGAAGGCCAGGACCUGCAGCUAAAGAUAGGUCUGUCUGCAGGUCAGAUUUCCCAGGUUAUUGUUGGAGACGAGCAACGACAGUACCUCUUGGUGAUUGGGCGGGUUGUAGAUGAUGUCCAGGUAGCUCAGCGUUUGGCUCAGGCAAAUGAGAUUGUCUUGUCCUGGAAUUGCUGGACACUCUGUGAGCAGUACAUGUUUGAAGUGGAAAUCAUGAAGGAGGAUGAAGCUGUGAAGUUAAGAGAUAUGCGGAUCACUGACCCAUUUGAUUUUGAUGAGCAUUUUGACAAGUGCCUCAAUUAUCUGCCACGUUACCGGACAAGUGCUAAUACUCUAAGAACUGCCCUGGAGUUGGAUCCAGACUCUGCACUUGAGCAAACUCUGCAGAAGCACAUAAUGAAAAACCUUUUGAAGAAGAUUGAUGAAGGCCAGCCUACCGAGUAUAUAUCUGAAUUUCGUACCGUGACUAUGGUUUUGGUCAGCUUAGAAUUUCACAAGACAGGAUGGAUGUUGCACUUGUGUCAUCUUAUCCAGGAGGCUGCAUUAUACAUCUCCACAGUCAUAGAGAAAGCGGGUGGCCAGCUGAGCCAGAUCAUUAAUUUUGAAAAAGGGUGCAUGUUCCUCUGCGUAUUUGGCCUUCCUGGGGAUAAGAAGCCAGAUGAGUGCGCACAUGCCCUGGAAAGCUCUGUCAGCAUCUUCAACUUCUGCUGGGAGAGUCUUACUGAGACCGGGCUUGUUUCCAUCAGUAUCACCAAUGGACCAGUAUUCUGUGGCGUGGUUGGGGCAGUAGCAAGACAUGAAUAUACAGUUAUUGGCCCGAAAGUGAGCCUUGUGGCCAAAAUGAUAACUGCUUAUCCAGGUUUGGUGUCUUGUGAUGAGGUAACAUAUCUAAGAUCCAUGCUACCUGCUUACAACUUCAAGAAACUCCCAGAGAAAAUGAUGAAAAACAUCUCCAACCCUGGGAGGACAUAUGAAUAUCUUGGCCAUAGAAGAUGUAUCAUGUUUGGGAAGAGACAUUUGAUCAAAAUGAGAAAUAAAAAUCACCCUUUGUUAGACCGAGAGAAAGAACUAGAAGCCUUCCAAAUGGCACAGAAGGGAUGUUUGCACCAGAAGAAGGGACAAGCAGUUCUGUAUGAAGGUGGAAAGGGCUAUGGAAAAAGUCAGCUGUUGGCUGAAAUAUACUUUCUGGCUCAGAAGGAAGAAUACAGGGUGUUGUCCUUGAAGCUGAAGGAAGCAGAUUCCAAGCAACGCUUCUAUGCCAUCCAGACCCUCAUGGCCAUCUUCUUUGAGAUUGAUACAUGCCCGGCCUUUUACCUGCAAGAGUGCCUACAUGAACAGCUUUGUGGGAAAGUGGAGGAACCACUUCACUGCCUUUUUAAUGACCUUUUCUUUGUAAAGUUUCCCUUAUCCUUAGAAGUUAUACACAUGGAUGACCUGGCCAGACAAAAGAAGAUUCAAGAGUGUUUUUUUCAAGUGCUACAGGAGGCAGUGAGGGAAACACCACUGAUUUUUCUCAUUGAUGAGGCCCAGCAUAUGGAUGCAGCUUCCUGGGAGUUUUUGGGAACAUUACUCUCCAGUGUGCCCAUCAUCAUGGUGAUGACAUUGAUGCCUACCUCCACCCUCUGUGGUGGGGCCCAGCAUCUCCUGCAGAGCCCUCAGGCUAUGCUGAAGCCCAUUUCGAAGUUAGCAGCAAACUCACUAUUGAAAAUGGCAUGUUUUGAACUAGGGGUGGUGAGCAUCCCCCAAGAGCUGCAGAUCUACCUUCUUCGCAGGUGCUUGGGAAAUCCCCUGUACUGUAAGGUUCUAUGUCAGGACCUUCUCUAUAAGGACAUAUUACUCUUUCAUGACCUACAAAAGGGAGAGGAGGAGAACAGCAAGUGGGAGACCCUCUCAGCCAAUGUCAUGAAAUCCACACUUUAUAGUAUUUCUCCUGUCAGCUCUAAAGAAGACCAGAAAUUGUAUGUCUGCACAGUCAAGGAUGAGGUGAACUUGGAUACAGUGCUUCUCCCACCAUUGUUAAAAGAAAUAGCUGUAAACCAACUGGAUCAAUUGAGCCCAGAAGAACAGUUGCUGGUUAAGUGUGCUGCAGUCAUUGGCCACUCCUUCCGCAUGGAUCUGCUGCAGCACCUGCUGCCCGGCUGGGAUGAACAUAAGCUCCUGCAGGCGCUGAGGGCUCUUGUGGAUAUACACGUGCUCCGCCGGUGCAGCGAGAGCCAGGAGCUUCCCGCUGAGCCAACAUCAGUGGCCUUUUCUGUUGAGAUUAUUGAAAAAAACGAAGAGGAAAAGAAAAAGUCAGAUGCUGGCUCUCCUCUCAAGCAAAAAGAGGAACUAUUCCUACCUCAACCUGAGGUGCUAGAAUUUGGAGUGCCUCUAUUAUGGGAAGCUGCUUGGGAGCUGUGGCCCACGGCACAACAGAGAGCCCUGCAUCUUGAAUGUGCCUGCUUUCUCCAAGACUUGGCCUGCCGCUGUGGGAGUUGCCAGGGCGGGGACUUUGUCCCCGUCCACCGUUUUGCCAUCUGUUCUACCAAGAGCUCCAGAGGGACAUCCCCAUUCUGCAGUUCCAAGGAUACUGGCUCGGUGUUAACACAAGUGAUCACAGACAGAUUACAGCUUCCUUCUCCGCAAGAUAGUGUUCAGUUCCAGACAAAACUGUCCAUAAGUCGGAAGGCCUUCACAAGUGCACCUUGCAGGUCAGAGGAAGAGUUCCUGGAUGGAGUGAGCAGGAAGCUGGCUUAGGCCAUCCCUGAGAAGACCUGUCGCUGUGAGGAAAUCCUGAAGUUCGUGCUCUCGCCCCUCGCCCAGCACUGCCUGGUCAUCGGAGCAAACACCUGUGCGUUUUAUUACCUGCUGGAGGCUGCCGCCGCCUCCUUGGACCUGUCAGAUAACCACAUGGCCUUCUUUUAUUUGAGGAAGGCAAGCAGUCUUCUGGGCCAGCCCUCUGCAUUUUCGUUUUUGAAAAAGCACAAGGUGAAGAUCUGUCAGUUUGAGGAGGCCACUUUCUGCCAUCUUCGGUCAGAGGUGAGAGCAGAGGUGACCUUGAAGUGUGGGUUAUUUCUCCUUGAUGGUUACCUUAUUAUUUCUUUUAAAAUCCCUUUGAUUUUUUGGGGGGUGUGUUUGUGUAUGUGCAGUUAUAAAUGUGAUAAUAUGAUAAAAGAAUGGAUCCUUCUUUCCUUUCAGUACUUUAAGGAGUUUUUCUCUCGAUGUGUGACCUGCCCUGUCUAUCACCGGUGGGUCUCUGAGCUGAAAGCCUCUGUAAUGAGAUAUGGAAAGAGAGAAGUCAUGUCCUUGACUAACUUCAUCAGGCCUUUGGACACCUGCUUGAUCAGGAUUUGGAUAGAGGGAGAAUUCCUGGAGGAAAACAAAUCCUUUGAUGGAAAUUUAGCAAUGCAGAGGUUUGACAGAGUGACUGAUACUAAGGAGAACAGGGAUAAAGAAGAAAUUCAAGAAUAUAAUAUUAAAACAACAAAAAAUCAUCUGAAGGGAUCAUGAUUCUCUUAUUGUAUAUAACACAAAGAAAUGCCUCAAGUUCUCCUUUUUAAGAUACUGUAUAUUUUAAAAUAUACUGUAUAUUUUAAUAAAAGCCUGUGUUUCUGGCC